AUGCGGCAAAAGUUUCCCGAACUGGACCUCAGAGUUGUUUCUAUGUCUGACCUCACUCUCGAGGUGGCGAAGGCGGCCAACGAAGAACCUGGCUCCUCCGAAAAGGAAAGCGAUGAUGAAGUCCCCAAGGUGGGCCCAUCAGGUCGAGAGGACGCGGAGGAGGAUCGCAUGGAGACUGACUUGCCCAGACGCAGGGCGGGGAAGCCAAAAAUACUUCUCCCGCGCGCUCUCUGCUUCCUUUUCGACGAGAACCUUGUAGAGAACCUUUUGACGAAGGAGAAUAGUUUUUUGACGAAAAAGAAUAUUGGAGAGGGAGAAUCAUUGUUGAAAUGGAGAUUGAGAAGGAAAUCUAGAGUUACAAGUGUUGUGCGACUCCAAAUCCAGCAUCGACUUUGCUUGAGAAGGGAGAAGAUUUUUGAUUUUUUUUCAUUUGGAGCCAAGCCAGCAUCGACCCUUGUUCGUUCGAGCAAGAGAAGAGAAGUUGAUGCUUUUUGGGAGGAUAUUAAAGAUGGGAAGCUUAAUGCAAGAAUGAAAUGUGAUUUGACUGACAAUCUUUCAUUAAAGGCGAAUGCUCAGCUUACAAAUGAGCCCCAUAUGUCACAUGGUAUGGUCAAUUUUGUUUACAAGGGUAAGGACUUCAGGACUCAAUUUCAACUGGGGAAUGGUGCUUUAUUUGGAGCUAGUUACAUCCAGCUAAAAUAUCUUCUUGAGAUGUAUUUUGUAUAGGAUUAAGACCAGUGUAAUUAAUUAUCUUUAACGUUCCCUAGAGUAGAAUUGGAUGCAUCAAGCUGUACUCCAUAAGUGUGUUCAUCUUAUGUACCUUCAUUGUGUGGAUUUGGAGUGUUUACUAUCUAUAUCAAUGUUUCCAGGAAAUACCUACUCUUGAUGUGUAUCUGAGAACCACCAUGGACACCAACAUAAUAGAUAUGGAAAAUGGAGUCAUUGAAGGGCAUCAGCAUUUG